CAGUUUCAUGUUCAAAUACGUUGACGGAACUGUUGCUGACGUAAGGGUUGUAGAUUUCCAGUUUAGCAAAGUGCACAGCCCGGCCGCCGACGUGCAGUGUUUCCUGAACGCCAACGCCAGCGAACAGCUGCACCGCCAGCACUUUGACAGCCUGGUGGUGGAGUACCACGGCGCGCUGCAGCGCACACUGCGAGCCCUGGGAUUGCACCAGCAGGCGGACGCCUACCCGCUGAGGCAGCUGAGGGCCGACAUGGACCGGUCCGCGGUGCUGCGGCUGUUCAACUGUGCGCUGCGUGGACUCCACCUGGGCAAGGAGAGCCACUCCGACCAGGUCGGCCAGGCCUUCAAGAAAUCCGACGAGUCCAGCGCGGCGCUAGCAGCCACCUACAGCAAUCCUGAAUGUGUUUCCUACUUGAAGUAUAUUGCGCCCAUAUACGAGAGCAAAGGGCUUCUGUGACCAGGGGUGAUAACCUAAGCACACAGUGCAAAAAAAUUGGUUCUCACCCGCUCACGGGAUAUAUCACGUUAAUACCACGUAACACCACUUCUAGCUCUCAUAAUGGGCUCAUUUCUUCGAGGAAUAGACUCCACAAGUAUCUUCAGGUAUUUCGUACACAACUGAAACCCCUCAUUGAUGAUCAGAUCCUGUUCAGAUACCAAACUGCGGGGAAAUUAUUGUUAUUUUCAACCCACUGUUGCAGACAUUUUCUACGCAUUGUCUGAUUUACCGCACCAUACGAGGUGCAAUAGAGUGCUAGAGUGUUAGGUGGGCACGGAACUUAUUUGUGCAUCUCUUGAACAUGACUGCUUUGAUCUUGGAAAAAAUAAAAAAUAAAGGACAACACGGAGAAUGUUGAAAUACAGAUUGGCUCAGAAGUCCGAUAACAUUUGAAAAUUCAAUACUUCACUGAAUA